GAGAGAGAGAGAGAGAGAGAGAGAGGUAGAGAGUGAGCGAGGAAGGCAUAUUUUUACAGACCUCUCACCUUCCAAAUUUCCAGAACAAUGCAUUCUUUGGUCAGACCAACAAUUAGGGCAUGGUUGAAUCUUAAUGGAAGUCAAAGAGCAUUUUGGCCCUCUUUUCUUCUCCAUGUUGUGCUGCUGAGUGUCUGUGAAACGGCCUGGCCAGAUGUUUCCAUGUUCCAGGAUGACAAGUGUCCCAGUGCUGAGUGGAACAUCAUGUGUCGCUCGUGCUGUGAGUACGAGCAGAUCCGCUGCAGGUGCCCGUCCCAGGCCACACAGGUGGGCUACGCUGUACCCUGCUGCCGCAACGCCCUGGACCAGUGUGACCCCUGCAUUAUACACCAAGGUUGCAGUAUUUUCGAGAACUGUAAGACUUGCAACAACGGGACAUGGAAAGCUCAGGAUGAUUUCUAUAUCAGAAAGCAGUUCUGUACCGAGUGUCGUCAGGGAUGGUCAGGUGGAGACUGCUUGACCUGUGGAGGUGUUAUCAGAAGACCCCAAGGUCAUGUGACUCUGGAGAGUUACCCCAUCAAUGCCCGAUGUGACUGGACCAUCCAUGUGAGCAGAGGAGUGACUAUGGACUUCAGAUUCACGAUGCUCAACAUGGAAUUUGAUCACAGUUGUCGGUAUGAUUAUGUUGAGGUGAGAGAUGGUGACAGCAUGGACUCACGUGUUAUUGGUCGAUACUGUGGCAAUGAAAGUCCUCCACCAAUCCGAAGCUCAGGGGAUUCCUUGCGCAUUCGUUUUGUGUCGGAUGGAUACAACAACUUUGAUGGCUUCUUCGCCACAUUCCAGGAGUCCACUGCAUGCAGUUCCUCUCCCUGUCUGCACGGGGGCACCUGCUUCUUGGACCCGGUUCAAACCUUCCGUUGUGCUUGCCCAGCUGACUACACGGGUCCGCAGUGUGAGACCUCUGUUCCACAUAAGAAAGUCUGUGGCAUUCCUCCAAAGCCCCUGGAUGGAGAUUUGUCUUUGCUGUAUGAACCAUCUGGAAAUGCACUCAGCAUGGUUCAGUACUCAUGCCAGAAAUCGCACCGACUACAGGGCACAUCACAGAGGAUCUGCCUGUCAAAUGGCACAUGGAGUGGAGUGGAGCCCACAUGUGUCAAAGACUCCAACAAGAGUAAGUGCCCUUCCUUACCUAAGCUCCAGCAUGGCUAUUAUAAGACUGCUUCCCCAGAGACACCACACACUGUGGAGUUUCACUGCAAGAACUCCUUGGUACUGAGUGGAAAUCCGCGAAGACGCUGCCUUGCUGACGGCACCUGGAGUGGCAAGCAGCCACGAUGUGUGAAAGCUUGUCGUGAGCCUAAGGUGUCCAAACUUGUGAAGCAGAAGAUUCUCCCACCUCAUGUUGCACUGGGGAGAAAUACCACAAGCCACAGGCUGUACUCUUUGACUAACCUGAGGAUACCGGGCACAGCUUCCCUAAGUGAGGACGUGGUCCCUCUGGAGCCCCUGCCUGACGGGUUCCACCCGCAGUACACUCAAAUAGAGUACGAGUGUGCCUCCCCCCUCUACCAGCACUUUGGCAGUGCCCGCCGCACCUGCCUCAGGACAGGGAAGUGGAGCGGGAACCAUGUUUCCUGUUCACCAGUGUGUGGCAAACUGAGAUCAGUCAGUCCCCAGACGCUGGCAGACACACAGUGGCCUUGGCACGUAGCCAUCUACCGCCACAUCCCUCGCAGCGACGGUGCCAAUGCGGGGAGGACAGAGAGCGAGGAAGGCAGCUUUGGUGGGGGGAGUAGCGAGGGCAAGCCAGGCUGGCGCUGCCAGUUAACAUGCAGCGGGACCUUGGUGAACCAAUACAGUGUGGUGGUGGCAGCACAUUGCGUGACAGAGCCUGGCACUGCCCAAUACGCCCGCCCAGCGGAUAUAAAGGUUGCGAUGGGCAAGCGCCAUCUCAACGUACAGAUAAACUCAGAGUCAUCUGACCUCUUGCGGGUUGCUGCUGUCUUGAUUCAUCCAAAUUACGACUCUGCUGGGCCAGACUCUGAUCUGGCCGUGUUGAAGCUGCUGGACAAGGCCCGAAUCAGUGAGCACAUAAUGCCCGUGUGUUUACCCCGACUGCAAGGAGGAGAAGUGACCGCCCAGCAGGGGUAUGCAACCGACUGGUCCAUGCCCGAAGAGACUGACCAACACGCAGUAGCUUCAGCUCGCACGGGGCUGAUUGAGCUGAGGGAUGUGCUGCAGUGUGAGAGACAGUACAGUCAUAAUAGGCUGUCUGUUACCAUCACAGACAACAUGCUGUGUGGCCACCAGCAUCCCCUUAGCCCCUCACAGGUCUGCUACGCUGUCACUGGUGGAGUGCUUGUGGCUCAGUCCCCUCCCUCCCCUCCUUCCCCUCAGCGCCCCUCCGUAUCAUCUUUCUCAGGCGAUGACAAGCGAGAUAACGAUGAAGGCGUAUGGGAGUUAGUUGGUCUGGUGAGCUUUGGCUAUGAGCAAAGGAAGUGUAGUCCAGAACUUUACACCAUCUACACGCGCUUAAAUAACUUUAAAGACUGGAUCGAGAAGAACAUGAAGUAAAGUCUUCUGUUGAACCACUAUCAACAAAUACGUCUGCUGCCUCUACUGCAUGUUGGACCAACUGUUGUGUUGGAGCCUCUGGACAUUUAGGGGUUUAAAGACACUGACGUUGUUUAGUAGUAUGGUAUUUCAAACAGCAGAGACCGUCUCAAACUUCCCAUUAGUUCAGGAUGAGUUCAGAUAUCGUUUUCCUACAGCACAUUUUUGCAACUUUAUUAGACAUUUUCACUUGGAAAUGAAAUGCAGUCAGUCAUGAAAUAUCAAUAUGAGAUGGUUCUAUUAUUUUCUGUUCGUGCUGGUUAUGGGGAAGAGAUAUUCUCAGACCAAACGCGUUCAUGUGUCCUAGCAUGUGUUGGUGUGGUGGAGCAAUUAGCCAAACGUGCAGUCACUCAUUGAGAAACACUUAAGGGGAUUUGAAGGCUUUAGCUGCUUGCCUUCUUUGUAGAGCAGUUCCUGCAGUUCCUGCAAGUUCACAGAGUAACCCCCAUGACAUUCUGACGCAAGAGCACCUUGGAAUGUGGGCCCCUUGUUGCUUCAGCACUGCUACAUGCACGCUAAAGAGCAACUAAAAUGCUUGCUUGUAAAUUUACAAACAGACACUUAACCAUUUAAGAUGUGCAUGUUUGCAUUUUUAAUAUAUAGUUACGGUAUAUCGUUAUAGUCACGAUUUAGCAGACACUCUUGUCCAACGUGACUUCCAAAACAUUAGAAAAAAAAGGUAACACUUUAUUUAGAUAGUCCGCCCACAGAGACUUUACAGAUGGUUUGUUG